UUUGGAUAAUAGAAGAUAAACAUUAUAUAACAAACUAUAAAUACACAAUAAUGAAACAAAGUGAUUACCCAAUCAAAAUAGCAGGUGUAUCAUGUAACAAAAUAUAAGAAACGUAUUUUUACAAUACAUUUUAGUGUAUUACAGUGUUUUUACAUUUACCCAGCCAAACAGAACACGUACAUGAGCAAAGAUGGUUUCCUGGUGUACCUGAACCAUGAAGAAGGCUCCAUCUUUAACCCCGCCCACAAGCCUAUAUACCAAGACAUGCAUCAGCCGCUCAAUCAUUACUUCAUUUCCUCUUCCCACAACACCUAUCUGAUGGAGGACCAGCUGAAGGGGCCUAGCAGCACAGAAGCCUAUAUCAAAGCGCUGGUGAAGAGCUGUCGCUGUGUGGAGUUGGAUUGCUGGGAUGGUGCAAACGGAGAGCCAGUCAUUUACCACGGCCAUACGCUCACAUCCAAAGUGCUCUUCAAAGAUGUCAUCAAGGCCAUCAAAGAAUAUGCUUUCAAAACCUCACAGUAUCCAGUGAUCCUGUCUUUGGAGAACCAUUGCUCCAUAGAGCAGCAGAAGAUCAUGGCCCAUCACUUAACCUCCAUCCUGGGCAGUGUUUUGCUCACUCAACCCCUGGGGCAUCAAAUGCCCAACACUUUUCCAGGACCUGAGGAGCUGAAGGGACGUUUCCUGAUCAAGGGCAAGCGUUUGAACAAACUGGAUGCGGCAUUCAACAACAACACCACAGAGGAUGUGGACAGUGUGUCAGAGGAAGAUGAGGCUGCUGAACUCAAAGAGGCUGAACAGAAACCCAAGGAAAAGAGUUCCAAAAAGAUCAAGCUGGCUAAGGAGCUGUCAGACCUGGUCAUCUACUGCAAGAGUGUCCAUUUCAGCAACUUCGAACAUUCAAGAGAUUACCACGCUUUCUAUGAAAUGGCCUCCUUCAAGGAGAGCAAAGCAAUGAACCUGGCAGAAAACUCAGCUACGCCAUUUAUUCAUCACAACAUGGAUAAUCUGAGCAGAAUCUACCCAGCCGGCUCCAGAACCGAUUCAUCCAACUACAAUCCGGUGCCACUGUGGAACGCCGGCUGCCAAAUAGUGGCUCUAAAUUUCCAGACUCCUGGUAAGGAGAUGGAUCUGAAUCAGGCCCGCUUUCUACCUAAUGGCAAGUGUGGCUAUAUACUUAAGCCAGAGUUUCAGAGGGACCCUGCCUCACAGUUUGACCCCAAGAACCUCAGAGUAGGCCCAUGGCUGAAGAAAAAGACCUUGCAUGUCAUGAUCAUAUCAGCCCAGCAGCUGCCUAAGAUCAAUAAAGACAAGCAGAAGUCCAUCGUGGACCCUCAGGUCAGGGUGGAGAUCUACGGUGUGCCCGACGACAACGCCAGCAAACAGACACACCACAUUGACAACAAUGGUUUCAAUCCUGUGUGGAACACAAAAUUCCAGUUCACUAUUCACGUGCCGGAACUGGCUUUGGUGCGGUUUGUGGUGGAGGACUACGACGCUGCUUCCUCUAAUGACCUGGUUGGCCUGUACACUCUGCCCUUCACCAGCAUGCAGAAUGGAUACCGCCAUGUGCCUCUGCUCACGAAGAGAGGAAAUCUCAUUCCUUCAGCGGGACUCUUUGUACACAUCAUGGCUCUUGAUGCCUAAUAAACUCCAACAUUCCCCUCAGUCAUCGCAAUGUCAAAGUGUGCAGAUCACUGAACAAGACAAUCAACUAAAAUGUCCUCUGCAAACACUUUUAGGAUAACAUUUGGACCUUUCCUCCUUACCAUUUGAGUUCAGAGGUGUACCUUAAAAUGCUUCAUGGAAUUAGUGCAUGCGGUUCAGUUUAGAAAAACAGGUGGGGUAAAAAAAAGACAUUACAAAAUUUCGACACAUUCUUUGUCUUCGAUUUUUUUUCCAUAGCAUGCAAAUUGAA